AUGUCUUUGCCUCUGUGUUCAGAGUUUGAUGAUCGAUGUCAACGUGACCUUAAAGAGUCUCUAAAGAAUAUGUUCCAAACUAUCUAUGAAGGCAUUGCGAUACGAGGACAGAAAACGUUUCUGAACCAGAUCUACACAGAGCUCUACAUCUUGGAGGGAGGAAGUGGAGAAGUCAACCAGGAACAUGAGGUCAGACAGAUUGAAACAGCAUCCAGGAAACAAGGAACAAAACUAAACCUGGAAGACAUCUUUGAACCCAACCCUGCUAGGAAGCAACCAAUCAGAACAGUGAUGACCAUGGGAGUGGCUGGCAUUGGGAAAACACUGUUAACACAGAAGUUCACUCUGGACUGGGCUGAAGGCAAAACCAACCAGAACAUCCAGUUCAUAUUUCCAUUCACUUUCAGAGAACUGAAUGUACUGAAAGAAGAAAAGUUCAGUUUGGUGGAACUGAUUCAUGAGCGCUUCACUAAAACCAAAGGAAUCAGCAGCUUUGAAAAUUUUCAUGUUCUGUUCAUUUUUGAUGGUCUGGAUGAGAGUCGACUUCCUCUGGACUUCAAGAAGAAUCCAGUCCUGACUGACCCUUCAAAGUCCAGCUCACUGGAUGUUCUCCUGACAAACCUCAUCACUGGGAAACUGCUUCCUUCUGCUCUCCUCUGGAUAACCACACGAUCUGCAGCAGCCAAUCAGAUCCCUGCUGAUUGUGUCGGCAUGGUAACAGAGGUCAGAGGGUUCACUGACCCCCAGAAGGAGGAGUACUUCAGGAAGAGAUUCAGAGAUGAUGAGGAGAAGGCCAGCAGCAUCAUCUCCCACAUCCAGAAAUCAAAAAGUCUCCACAUCAUGUGUCACAUCCCAGUUUUCUGCUGGAUCACUGCUAAAGUUCUGGAGGAAAUGAUGGAGACCAGAGAGGGAGGAGAGCUGCCCAAGACCCUGACUGAGAUGUACAUCAAGUUCUUGUUGCUUCAGAACAAAAUCAAGGAGGAAAAGUACAGAGGAAAACCUGAAGACGAUCCAGAGAACAGGAAGCUGAUUGAGUCUCUAGGAAGACUGGCGUUUGAUCAGCUGCUGAAGGGAAACCUGAUCUUCUAUGACAAAGACCUCAAACGGUGCGGCAUCAACAUCAAAGAUGCUGCGUUGUUCUCAGGAGUUUUCACUCAGAUGUUUAAAGAGGAGACUGGGCUGGGCAACAUCUCCAUCUACUCCUUUGUUCAUCUGAGCGUCCAGGAGUUUCUGGCUGCAGUCUACAUGCUCCACUGCUUCACCAGCAGGAGGUCAGAGGUGAUCAAGACGUUCUUGGGAGAAGAAUACAAUGAAACAUCUCUAGAUGAGUUCAUGAAGAAAGUCAUGGAGAAAUCCCUCAGCAGUGAAAAUGGCCACCUGGACUUGUUUGUCCGCUUCCUUCAUGGUCUCACUGUGGAGUCCAACCAGAGACUCUUAGAAGAUCUGCUGGGUCAGACAGAGAAMAGYCCAGRAACCAUCCAGAGAAUCAUCACCAACCUGAAGGAGAUGAACACUGAUAGAAUCUCUGCUGCCAGAAGCAUCAACAUCUUCUACUGUCUGGUGGAGAUGAAUSACRUYUCAUUUWMUMAGGAGAUMMAACRGCUSCUGKWWUCAGGRAAGAARCUCUCAGUGACUGAMUGUUCAGCUCUGGCCUUCAUGCUGCAGAUGUCAGAGGUUCUGGAUGAGUUGGACCUGGAGAAGUACAAGACAUCAUCAGAUGGACGACAGAGACUGKUUCCAGCUGUGAGGAACUGCAGAAAGGCUCGACUUGGUGGCUGUGAGCUCCAAAAGGAUGAAUGUGAAGUUGUGGCUUCAGCUCUGAAGUCCAACCCAGAUCUGACUGAACUGGAAAUAAGUCGUAUCUGCAUAGUUGGAGGUGGAGACUCUGAUAUGAAGAAUCUGCUUAAGAUCCUGGAGAGUUCAGUCAGUAAAGUGAAGACACUGAGCAGUUUUAAGAAGAACCCAAGGCCAUUCAUGAAUAAACUGAGUGGUUCUGAUCCGGAGUCGGAGUCGGGUCUCCAGCUGAUGAUCAGGAACCAGCAGAAAUAG